AUGCCAAAUCAAAAUUCCAAUCCAAUCCAUGAUCAGUCAAAGAACAAGAUGAAGCGAAACGAGCUUACCGCUCCUCAACCUAGAAAACUUCGCAAGCAACUCAAUACUCUCGAUUUCAAAAAGAAUUAUUUCGAACUGGACAUGAGCUUCGAUCAAGAUGUCAAGCUUCUCAAAUUUGCUCUUAACAUCCCACCAACGGAUGAAGAACGAUCUAAAUUGAUGAAGAGAUUUCAUUGCAAAACUUUGAAAUUCGAUAACAACAACAACAAGAAGAAGAGAAAGCAUUCUCCAGCUAACACGAAUGAAGAACAGAUACCUUCCAUGAAUAAUCACAACAAUGAUGAAUUAUUACCUUCCCCAUUACCUUCCUCACUCUCGAAAGAGAUUGUUGAACAACCACGAAAAGUCAUGAAAAAGAACAAGCAUGCUGUUUCGGUGGGUUUAACCAAUGAACAUGCAGGUCCAGAGACCAUUCAUACUUUACAUGAUACUUCAUUGAGAAUUGCAACAACAACUCCAUCCAUUUCAUCAUCAUUCAAGAAUAAUAAUAGUAGUAAUUACUGCUCGUCUAUUGAGACAAUGAUGUAUCAAAGUGUUUCAUUGCAAGAUUAUUUGAAUACUAUGAAGAGUCCACCUCAGAAAGAGGAUGAAUUGUAUUCAUUCUCUCCUCUUGAGUCUCAUCCCUUGCAACAUGACUCGUUGACUCAAAAACCAUGCCAUGACAUGCACGAAGCACGUCCUUCUUUUGUAAAUGAUCAUUCUUCACAAGUUCACUCCUUCAACACGAACCAUUUUGGUGCUCUUCAUUCAUCAUCCUCUUUGUAUCAAUAUUCGUAUGUUACUGCUGAUGGUCAAAGCACUCCACUUGCCUCCUCUCAAACGAUGCAUCAAAAUGUGCCCAGUUCUGAAUGGUUGAUUUCUGGAAAUUUAUCAUCGUGCUCAUCCUCGUGCGAUGGUAUGGAUGUGAAUACCAUGUUAAGACAAUUAUUGCUUCGAUUGUUAUUGGAAUCAACGACAAGUAAGGUGACAUCCUCAUCAAAUGUAGAACUCCAAAAUUCAACGUUGGAUUGUUAUUCCAAUACCAUUGAUAAUACCAUUGAUACCAAUCAAUUGAAUAAUAGAAGCGAUCAAGAGUUUCUAAAUGAUUCAAUUGAAUUGUUGCAUUUCACCGAUGGUUUACGACAUAUCAAUAGUGGUAGGGGUGAGGAGAGAGAUGAUCAAUUUGAUCCAGCAGCCCUUAGCGAUUUUUGA